CAGCCAAUCACGGCAUUUGUCAUAGAAUAGAUAUUACGCUUCCAACAUGGCUGUUCAUUGUAGGAAAGCUGCCGCAAAGCUAGUCGAAAUUAAUGUAAAAUAAACAGUAAAUAAUAAAAAUAGUAUCGUAAUAAGAUUUAAAUUGCGUAUUUAGUUAUCACGGAGCUCUGGUUACAAUAAAAUGCCUCGUUGGACGUUUAAUUUUGGAUUAAAAGCCCACUUCAUUGUAUGUAACAUGCUAGCCUGUGAGCUAGGUUAGCCAGCGGUGGUAUAACUAAUUCUGCUCUAAAAUUGGAAUCGGUUUCUCUUCAAAUUGAAGCAAUGUUGGGGUUUCUGACAGCAAGGCAGGCUGGACUGGAUGACCCUCUGCGACUGCAACGUUCAGAGUCAACGAGAAGGGUCCUCAGUCUGAAGUUGAAUCCUGACAGAGAUGUGGAGCGAAUCCAUGGAAAUGGCAUCAACACCAUUGACAUUGAAGCAAUUGAGAGCAGAUACAUGUUGUCUGGAGGUGCAGAUGGAGUGAUCGUUAUCUAUGACCUGGAGAACUACAGUGGGAAACCACAGUACACCUGCAAGGCUGUCUGCACAGUAGGCAGGUCUAGCCGGUAUGUCCACAAGUUCAGUGUUGAGACAGUUCAGUGGUAUCCUUAUGACACAGGCAUGUUUGUCUCCAGUUCCUUUGAUAAGACCAUGAAGGUCUGGGAUACUGAGACACUGAAGCCUGCUGAAGUCUUUGAGUUUGAGGGCAAUGUCUACAGUCACCACCUGUCCCCCAUCGCCAGGAAGCACAGUCUCAUUGCAGUGGGCACCAAAAACCCCAAAAUUCAGCUCUGUGACCUGAAGUCUGGUUCACGGAUUCAUGUUCUUCAGGGUCAUAGAGCAGAGGUCCUGUCCGUGCGGUGGUCGCCCAGAUACGAGCACAUCUUGGCCACUGCCAGUGCAGACAGCAAGGUGAAAGUAUGGGAUGUCCGUCGGGCUUCUGGUAGUCUCUUUACGCUGGACCAGCACAAUGGAGACAAGUCGAAAGCCUCCUCUGAGGCAGUAAACACAGCCCAUAAUGGCAGAGUGAAUGGCCUGUGCUUCACCGGUGAUGGCCUCUACCUCCUCACAACUGGAACUGAUGACCGUAUGAGACUAUGGAACAGUGCCACUGGAGAGAACACACUGGUGAAUUAUGGGAAGGUCUGCAACGAAAGUCGUAAAAGGCUACAGUUCACGGUGUCACGUGGCUGCAGCCCGGAGUUUGUGUUUGUGCCAUGCGGUAGCUCUAUCGCAGUGUAUGCCCUCCACACUGGAGAGUUGGUCACUAUGCUCAGGGGUCACUACAACAAUGUCGACUGCUGCGAAUUUCACCCAGACUUCCAGGAGCUGUAUAGUGGAGGCAAAGACUGUAACAUCCUGGCGUGGGUGCCUGUCCUUCGUGCCUCAGAUGUGGAAGAGGAGUCAAACUGUACAAAUAAGGGUGCUGCCGGCCAGUCCUCAGUGAACCCUGCCUUUCAGGACACAUGGAGCAGUGAUGAAGAUUAAUGCUGAUGUUCUGUGUGUGUGGGGAAAGUGGACACUCAGUUGUCUGAGCACGCAAAUGAACAGACAUCUUUCACAAUUAACUUGUCAAAAAAAUGACAGGUCCAGGGACACCUGUGAAGAUAAUUAUAUUUCUCCUGUUUCAUCAUUGCAGACAAAGGCUAAGGCCUGAAAAUGAAAGUGAUUUGUGUAAAUAAUUGCCCAACUUUAUAAGUAUGCACAGUGUUAUGAAUAUUUUUCUUUUUUGUACAUUUUUAUUGUUUUUAUUCGAAUGUAAAGCCAACAUGGUCCUUGGUCAUACUCAUGGGGGAUAGCCACCGUUUUUUGUGCAAAUUAUAAUAUGAGACGAGCAGAAUGCAUCUUUUAAUGCAACUUCACACCCCUCACACACGUGUUAUGAUGCCGACACUACAUUAGGUUCAUACAUACUGUAACAUCCAAUGAAGUUUUAUGGUUAAAUGGACAUUAUAGGGGUCAUGGAGAGAGAUUUUUAAGCUUUUUAAACAGGUGUGGGGCCACUCUUUUAGUCUGUGUGUUUCUGCAGCUGAGUUGAGAAGGGUUCUGCCCAUAAUCCUCACAUGGGGGAAACCAGGCAUUCAAAAACACAGACUGUCUUGUUGUCACUCCCGGGAAAAUUUGCAUUUGUUUACAAGUUCUGCUGUCAGCCCUUGCUGAAAGUACCAGCAGAGAAUGAUACUGAAACCUCGGUCUCUGUGCUUAUAGUGUACCACUCAGUUAAGUCUUCCCAGGUCACCUGAAGUGUCUUGAAUUGUACAGCUUUUUGGAAAUUUGUCUGUCUUCUGUCUUGUAAUAAAAGC